AGGAUAGGGGAUAAACCUAGGAGCGUUAUACCGCUCUCUCAAGCAGCAUACACCAAAGGGAGAAGUGUUACCGAACAUGUAUUUGCUCUCAGAACCCUCGCAGAGAAAGCCAUUACCUCAUCUGAGUACAAGCUUACUCUUCUUAUGCUAGACAUGAGCAGCGCUUUUGAUAGAGCAGCAAGUUGGGAACAAGAGAAGACAUCAGACAUCAGUAACAGAAAACACCUCUCUCUAGCAGCAUUCUCUAAAAUAAGUGGUAUACUCCAAAAUAAGAAAAUAACAACCAAAUUGAAAGUAAGAGUCUUCAAUGUAUAUGUCACCAGUAUCUGCCUAUACAACAGCGAACUCUGGACAAUUACCAAAUUGUUAGAGAAUGAAAUAGAUGUGUUCCAACGAAAGUUUCUACGAAGAAUAUUAGGUAUAAAGUGGCUAGAGAAAAUAAGGAAUGACGAGUUAUAUAGAAAGACAGGGGAAGAAGAAUGGAGUAAGAAAGUAAAGAAAAGAAUUCUGAUAUGGUAUGGGCACCUGCUCCGCUUAGAUGAACACACUCCAGCUAGAAUGGCAUACCACGAAGCAGAGCGAAAG